AUCUCGCCAAAAAAACAUGGGAACUGAAUGAGAUCUCGUUUACCGGAAGUGACACGUUCUCCACGCGCCAUUUUAUAUGCGAAAGCAAUUAUUCAUCAGUAAAUUAAUUAUCACCGUAUGACCACGCUUCUUUUGAUGACUAAAGUGCUGUUUAGUAAUCUAUCAACACGAUGUUGAGAGUAUUCCAGUACAGAGGAGUAACUCACACAGCACAGAAGUUGCUGCCUACCUGUGGAUGUAGAAAUAUCCAUAGAGAACCUAUAGACGAGAAAUGGAAGACUGCAGCUGCCAAAGAACUGAAGGGGAAAGAUGUGGAGGAAACGUUGAUGUGGAAAACACCAGAGGGAAUCAAUGUUAAACCAGUCUACACCACAGAUGAUACACAGAGAACAGACAAAGAAAUCCCGGGCUCAUACCCAUUUACCAGAGGCCCAUAUGCCACCAUGUACACUCACAGACCCUGGACCAUUAGACAGUAUGCAGGGUUCAGUACAGUGGAAGAAAGUAACAAAUUUUACAGGGAUAACAUCAAGGCAGGGCAGCAGGGUCUCAGUGUUGCUUUUGAUCUGGCUACUCACAGAGGGUAUGAUUCUGAUAACCCGCGUGUCCAUGGUGAUGUAGGUAUGGCGGGAGUAGCUAUAGAUUCUGUUGAUGACACAAACUUACUAUUUGCUGGCAUACCUCUGAACAAGAUCUCUACGUCUAUGACAAUGAAUGGAGCAGUCUUGCCAAUUCUUGCUAUGUAUGUUGUCUCAGCUGAAGAACAGGGGGCAAAGCAAGCAGAGUUAGCAGGAACCAUUCAGAAUGACAUCCUGAAAGAGUUCAUGGUGCGUAACACGUAUAUCUUUCCUCCAGAGCCCUCCAUGAAGGUGAUUGGAGACAUCUUUGAGUACACAUCCAAGAAUAUGCCAAAGUUCAACUCUAUUUCGAUAUCUGGCUAUCAUAUGCAGGAGGCAGGGGCUGAUGCUGUGUUGGAGCUUGCAUUUACUAUUGCAGAUGGUUUACAGUACAUUAGGACUGGUAUUGAGCGAGGUUUGAAUGUGGACAAGUUUGCACCCAGACUGUCAUUCUUCUGGGGAAUUGGUAUGAACAUGUAUAUGGAAAUAGCAAAGUUAAGAGCUGCAAGAAGGCUUUGGGCACAUCUGGUGAAUGAAAAGUUUAAACCCCAAAACCCAAAAUCUCUGCUGCUGAGAGCCCACUCCCAGACUUCCGGCUGGUCAUUGACAGAACAGGAUCCAUACAACAAUAUUAUUCGUACAUGUAUUGAGGCCAUGGCAGCUGUAUUUGGUGGUACUCAGUCAUUACAUACAAACUCUUUCGACGAGGCUCUUGGACUUCCCACACCAUUCAGUGCUAGAAUUGCAAGAAACACACAGAUCAUUCUUCAGGAAGAAUCUGGCAUCACAAAGGUAGCAGAUCCCUGGGGUGGAUCUUACAUGAUGGAGAGUAUGACUAAUGAAAUUUAUGAGGCAGCACUGAAUGUUAUCAAUGAGAUAGAAGAGAUGGGUGGUAUGGCCAAGGCUGUUGCCUCUGGUAUGCCUAAAUUAAGGAUUGAGGAAUGUGCAGCAAAAAGACAGGCACGAAUUGACAGCAAUUUAGAGGUGAUUGUUGGAGUGAACAAACAUAGACUGAAGGAGGCGGAGAUGGUUGAUGUGUUGUGUAUAGACAAUGCCGAGGUGCGAGAGAAACAGAUCGCUAGACUGAAGAAUACAAAGGCUAAUAGAGAUCAGGCUAAGGCUGAUGAAUGUCUGUCCAAUAUAACUAAAGCAUGUGAAAGUAAUGACGGGAACUUAUUGAAACUGUCUAUAGAUGCUGCCAGACAUAGAUGUACUGUAGGCGAGAUAACUGAUGCAAUGGAGAAAGUUUAUGGUCGACAUGUUGCAAGUGAUCGAAUGGUCAGUGGGGCAUAUAAAACCGAAUAUGGUGCUGAUGACGAAAUAUCAAAAAUCAUCAAGAGAGUUGAGAGAUUCCAGGAAAAUGAAGGAAGAAGACCCCGUAUUCUGGUAGCGAAAGUAGGUCAGGACGGACAUGAUCGUGGAGGCAAAGUUAUUGCCACUGGCUUUGCUGAUAUGGGAUUUGAUGUUGAUAUUGGACCUUUGUUUGCUACACCACGUGAGGCAGCACAGCAGGCUGUGGAUGCUGAUGUACAUGUAGUUGGUGUAAGCUCACUGGCAGCAGGACAUAAAACUCUUAUACCAGAACUUAUAAAAGAACUCAGGGAUAUGGGAAAACCAGAAAUUUUAGUGGUGGCUGGUGGAGUUAUCCCCCCUCAGGAUUAUGAUUACCUGUAUGAUAUUGGUGUUGCUGCUGUGUUUGGUCCAGGAACGAGGAUCCCUGAUGCUGCUGAAAUGGUUGUUGACCUCCUAGAGGGUAAAGGGCCAAAUAAAAGACAGUCAGCGGCAUAAAAUACCUAGAAAUAUUACCUCCUUAGAACAUGUUGGAAAUAGUAGAAUACUCGCAAAAUGUAGAUGACAGCUUCCUAGGCAAAAGAAAGUAUAGGAGUUAUGGUUCAUACAUAUAAAAUUUUGUUUCAAGUUGUUAAGGAGUUGAAACAUAUUGCAGCCCCAAAUCAGGCCACCAGUUUUGGAGUUGAUAAACCUACAUAAAGACUGUGGUUCAAAUAGGGAUUUAUUAAGAUAUGAAGACAUUACUAUACGUCUGUAUUGUUCCAUCUGGCAGUAAUGGCAUAACCUAAUGCAAUAAUGGCACAGGUGCCGUUAUGAAAAGCGAUGUGCCAUUAUAGCCAGGAGGCAUACCCUAGAGUUUAUUAUAUAGAUUUCUAUGAGAUAGCAAUGUCAGAAGGGCAGAAGUUAAAUUCCAGAAGUGUGCCAGUGACAUUAUUUGGCACACAGAGCAAGUCCACUGAUAUUUAUGUAAUUAUAAUGUGAAUGUGUUGCUAUAUAUGUUAAUGUCUAUGAAUUAAAGCUCUUCUUAUCUUUGUUUUGUGUGGAAUUUUGUAUGAAUUAUGCUCCAGUAGCUUUAUAGUGGAUUUGUUGACAAUAUUUCCCACUGAUUGUCCCUUAUCAAGGUAGAUUUGUUGUUUUGAUCAUCAAACUGGAAUAAGCUAUGUUAGUUAUUUACCUUACUUGCCGUAUUUUUGAAUGUUGACUAAAAUACAUCAUUAUAUUUCACUAAAAAAAGCUUGAAUUUUAAAUGAGUUUUAUCAGUAUAAUUUGACACAUUGUUAAGAGUCUUGGAGUAUGUCACAAAGUGGCUGAAAGCAGAGUCAGUUUUUAGUGAUCAAAGCAUGAGAAAACCUUAAGGUAGUGGACAGGUCAGUAAGCAGUUUCGUGUUCUCUUCUUAUUUCAGUUAUUUCAGUAUUCUACUGCAGUAAAUGUACCAACAAUGGUUUCUGUUGAAACUGGGUAAAUGCCGAAAUAAUGUAUGGGGCAAACAUAAAUUUCUGAAAUAAGGUACAGAGAGGAAAUAAAAUGCCAAAAUUACUUAUUGAGAAAAUGUAAAUUGCCCAAAUAAUGUACAGUGAAAAUAUAAAGUGUCAAAAUCACAUUGUAGAAAUGGUAAAAAGCUGAAAUAACGUAUGGAAAAACAUUAAAUGCCGAAAUAGUAUACAGAGAAAGCAUAAAAUGCUAAAAUCACAUAUGGAGAAAAUGGCAUUACAUGUCCACUACCUCAAGUGUUCAGUAUCAGUUAUUAUAUGUAAAAAUGUUUAGCAAUACGGGUGAACAGAUAUGUUAUAUUUUAUAGUGUAUUCUGAACAGAUGCUCUGUAAUGAGCUUUUGCUGUAUAAGAAGCUUGUUUUCGUAUAAUAUGUUUAAAACAGUAAUGUACAUGUAGUUUUUUAUGCAGACUGCAUUCUGUGCAUUGUUGUCUUAAUGCCUGAUGGUAAAACAUGGACUGAUAAGUCCUAUUGUUUGUCAGUCUGUUACUAAGACCUUUGUUGGUAUAGUAACUUUAUUUUUCCGUGAUUACUUCUGCUAAUACGAACAUUGUCAUUCAUUGUACAAGUUAAUUUUUAGAAAUUUACUUGUUUCAUAUAACAGUAAUAUUCCAUAGAGAUUAUCCUUGUUAGCUCAGUGUAGUUAUGUCAGUAAUUUAUUGUUUUAUUAAAUAAAUUUUUAAAAUAUGUU